GUUCCUCCUGAAUGAAUUGAAACCCGCCAAAACCCAAUAGCUUUUAGAGAGUGGGGAAGAAGAGUCUACGAAGAAGCAGUCUCACAUUCUGUGCUUCCGAGGGUUUGUUGUUGACUCUUCGCUUCAACAUCUCACUGGAAGAUCUGGAGAUGAAGCACAUGACUGAGAUUCUUUGUAGUAGAAAGCUCUUCUCCUAUGUUCUAAUCGCUCUCAUUGUUUCUCUUGGACUACUUUGUGUCUACUAUGUUUCCUCGCUUGAUCACGCCCUACCCCGCUCCAACCACGAAGGCGGUGGCGAAGAUGGAACUGAUCCUCUGUUUGGCAGGCCUCUCCAAAGGGAUGACGACGACUUUGAUAAUCUAUUUGAAGAUCAACACCUCAAUCUGGAUGUCCCCAAAAGCAUUCCUGUCUGUGAUAUGAAAUUGUCGGACUUAAUUCCUUGCUUGGACAGAAAUCUUAUCUACCAACUGAAAUUGAAGAUAAACUUGACCUUUAUGGAACACUAUGAACGGCACUGUCCACCACCUGAACGCCGUUAUAAUUGCCUCAUUCCUCCCCCAGUUGGGUACAAGAUCCCUAUUAGAUGGCCGGCGAGCAGAGAUGAACUAUGGAAGGCAAACAUACCACAUACGCAACUCGCUCAAGAGAAAUCAGAUCAAAAUUGGAUGGUGGUGAAUGGGGACAAGAUAAAUUUCCCUGGUGGAGGAACUCAUUUUCAUGAUGGGGCGAAUAAGUACAUCGCUGCACUUGCCAGGAUGCUUAAGUUCCCUGGUGACAAACUCAACAAUGGUGGAAACAUAAGAAAUGUAUUGGACGUUGGUUGUGGUGUGGCCAGUUUUGGAGCCUACCUUCUUUCACACAACAUCAUAGCCAUGUCGAUUGCACCGAAUGAUGUUCAUGAGAAUCAAAUACAGUUUGCACUGGAGAGGGGAAUCCCUUCAACCCUCGCUGUGUUGGGGACAAAAAGACUUCCCUAUCCAAGUCGUUCGUUUGAACUGGCUCAUUGUUCUCGAUGUAGGAUAGAUUGGCUUCAGAGAGACGGGAUUCUCUUAUUAGAACUGGAUAGAUUGCUAAGACCUGGAGGCUAUUUUGUGUACUCUUCUCCCGAAGCCUAUGCCCAUGAUGAGGUCAACCGAAGAAUCUGGAGUGCUAUGAGUGAUCUCCUUAGAAGGAUGUGCUGGAGAAUUGUUUCAAAAAGAGACCAGACUGUUAUAUGGGCUAAGCCAUUGAAUAACAACUGCUACUUGAAGAGAGAUCCUCAGACUCGACCUCCUCUGUGUAGCUCUAAAGAUGACCCAGAUGCAUCUUGGAAUAUAACUAUGAAGGCAUGCAUGACACCCUAUUCGGCAAAUAUGCAUAGGGAAAGUGGCAGUGGGCUGUUACUGUGGCCCCAAAGGCUUACUGCAGCACCUCAUCGUCUGGAAGAGCUUGGUGUUAUUUCUAAGGAAUAUCAGGAAGACACAGAAAUUUGGAAUUUGAGAGUAACUGACUACUGGAAGCAGAUGAAAUCUGUAAUACAGAAGAAUUCUUUUAGAAACGUUAUGGAUAUGAAGUCAAAUCUUGGUGGAUUUGCAGCUGCCCUUAAAGAGAAAGAUGUAUGGGUGAUGAAUGUUGCUCCUUUAAAUGACUCUAGCAAAUUGAAGAUUAUUUAUGAUCGAGGCUUAAUUGGAACUGUCCAUGACUGGUGUCAAUCAUUUUCUACCUAUCCUCGCACCUUUGAUCUGCUUCAUGCUUGGACCAUAUUCUCAGAGAUGGAGAAGCAUGGUUGUAGUGUGGAGGAUCUGCUCAUUGAAAUGGACAGGAUUCUGCGGCCUGAUGGAUUUGUUAUCAUCAGGGACAGACCCUCUAUUAUAAAUUAUGUGCGCAAGUUCUUAACUACCUUACGAUGGGAUGGCUGGUUAUCAGAAGUCGAACCAAGGGUCGAUGCUCUUUCCUCACGGGAAGAAAGAGUUUUGAUUGCAAGAAAGAAGUUGUGGGAAGAGAGUGCUGCAACAAUGUAAAUUUUAGAUUUGAUUCAUGAAACUAGGUGAGUUUCUAGCAUUACUUUUUCCCCAACUAGAAAUUUAGGUCAUGGUGCUCAA